CUGUCUCUAUUUAUGCUUUCGUCGGUUCUUUUGGACAGGAUAAGAAUUAGAAAGUCUUUUUAGGGUUGCGAGAAACUGAGAUUUAAGGAGAUGGCGUUGCCUAAGGCUCAGGAGAUGGUUCAGUCAAAUUCCGUCAUGGUUUUCAGCAAGUCUUUUUGCCCCUUCUGCGUCAAUGUGAAAAAGCUUUUGGAUGAUUUGGGAGCCGCUUACAAAGCCAUUGAAUUGGACGCUGAAAGUGAUGGAAAGGAAAUUCAAGCAGCAUUGGCGGAGUGGACUGGACAGAAGACAGUGCCAAAUGUAUUCAUUGGCGGAAAACACAUUGGUGGCUGCGAUGCAACUACUAAUUUGCACAAGGAAGGGAAGCUGCUUCCUAUUCUAAAGGAAACUGGAGCUAUUGCAUCUUAAUACCAAAAGGAAUGCAGUUAAUUUGGUUAUGAAUUCUAGUAGUGAAGUAUUGUAUUGAAUGCAGUUAAUAUAAAUGAUCUUUUCUUUAAAAAUAAAAGAAGUUUGCAUAUCUAUGUUUGAGUCUAGUGGCCUUCGGCCUGUAACAGUAAUUACACUAGUAGCAGUUUCAUCAAUAACGAGCUGCAUAAUGUAAUAUUAAUCCCAUUUCAGACCUCAGAGCUAUAACUGAUGGUAUCCUGCUGAAAUAAAGCAAGGGAAGAAUAUUAUGAUUGGCU